GUCAGUGCAUGUCCUUUCGCCCUCUGAGGAAGGUAGCUGUUAGCUAGCAGUGUGAAGAAGUCCCCAAGGAUAACUGACGUCUGUAUACAGUGUGAGAUAGUGUAACGUUAACGUGAAUAUUUCGGUCAACUCAGUCCGUCUGUCGCUGUUUGGUCUGGAACCUCGAGUGAUCUAGGCUAGUUUUGUUAGCUCACUUAGCUAAGUUCAACUUCGGACAGCAGUUAACGUUAAAUCAUUGUUUCAGAAGACGGUCUCUUGGGUGAUGUGUACCGGUAUCAUUCAUAGUGCCAUUCCUACACACCACUGAUGCCAGAUGUGCUGGUCCAUGGGUGUGAGCCGACUUGAUGUAUUUUACAGAAGGCUGCUCCUCACCAAACUCUUCAUUGGAGGAUGGGGGAAGCCUGAAGACCUCAAGAGAAUGUUUGAGUUCCGUAAGAUCAUUGGAGACAGAGAGAGGUGCAGGUCUCUGGUGCCUGAAGACUAUCCUGUUCACAUAAACAAGACAGAGGAGCACAUUGACUGUCACAUCCACGAUGGGUUCUUCAUCUCUCCUCUGGAGCACUUGGUUCCUGGAAUCCUGCCAGCAGAGGCUGUCAAAGCCAGGUUCCAGUUCAUAGUUCCCAAGAGGUGGCAGAAGAACCGACCAGUAUGCAUCCACUUGGCAGGGACCGGAGACCAUUCUUUCUGGCGUCGGCGGACCCUGAUGGCCAGGCCCAUGAUCAAAGAGGCAGGAAUGGCUUCACUGCUUCUGGAGAACCCUUAUUAUGGCUCUCGUAAACCCAAAGACCAACUACGCUCCAGUCUAAAGAAUGUGUCCGACCUCUUUGUGAUGGGUGGGGCUUUGAUCCUGGAGUCAACAGUGCUUCUCCGGUGGCUGGAGAGAGAAGGUUACUGGCCUCUAGGAGUGACUGGGAUCUCCAUGGGAGGAUAUAUGGCAUCCCUGGCAGUCACCAACUGGCCGAAGCCCAUCCCUCUGAUUCCCUGUUUGUCCUGGUCCACUGCCUCUAGUGUCUUCACCACGGGAGUGUUGAGCAAAGCAGUGAACUGGAAAGAGCUGGAGAAGCAGUAUGCCAUUGACUCCGUGUAUGAAGAAGAGAUCAUCAAGCUGUUGGACUACUGUGGGGCUGAUUCCUUUAAGAUGGGUCCAGAUUUUUCCAAGAAUGUGGACUCUUUGGAGCAUCAGUUGGGCCUGUCUGGAGAUGCCAGAGCAUCAGUGGGUCAGAACUCCAAAGCUGGAGGGGAAGCAGGCCCUGAAGGGGGCGAGGCGAGAGCAGACCAAUUGGUUUCAUCUGGGAACACCAGUGGGAGGAGCUUGGGCACACCAAGAAGCCUUCAUGCAAACAGCACGCUGCGUGGGAAGAAGACGGAUUUAGCCAAAUGCUAUCGGCCAUCCUUACAUAGAGAAUCGAUCAGCUUCAUGAAGGCAGUGAUGGACGAAUGCACACACAUGGCCAACUUUUCUGUCCCCGUAGACACCAGUCUCAUCGUCGUGGUCCAGGCCAAAGAGGAUGCCUACGUCCCCCGUACAGGGGUCCUCAGCCUGCAGGAGAUCUGGCCAGGAUGUGAAGUCAGAUAUCUGAAUGGAGGACACAUCAGCGCAUACCUGUUUAAGCAGAACGUCUUCAGACGGGCCAUAUACGAUAUGUUCGACAGAUUCUGCCUGAAGUAUCCCAACAUGCACUAGCCAUGGCACGCGGAAGCCCUUUCCUCCAUUGAACAGGACCGGGAUCAGUGGCUGGACAUUCCUGUUCCUAAACAAGAAGCUUUGCUUUCUAAUUAUUAUAUCAGAUGAAUCUAGAAAGUGACUAAAAGUCUAAAGAAAUCCAAAAUGUGUUGUACCUGUUAAACUAACUCAGGCCUUUAUUUCAUUUGUCGAGAGUAGACCUUAGCCCUGUGGCAGUGCACAUUCUCCUGUUUUCACUGAUCAAUAUUUUACCUGGAGAAACUCUGGAUAGGACCCACAGACACAGUCCAUACUAUUGUAUUAAAUGACCCACAUGUACACACAAGGGAAUCAUACGAGACAAUGCAGCUUGUAAUUUGCUCUCAUAGAAGCGGUACCAGAUUUAGUUGGAGCAGCAGGAGGACCUGUAACCGUAACUCGACAUAUCACCUUCUAAUGUGUUUAAACUUUAAGCUCUCUUUUCCCCGACUCCCUGUGAGAAAGAGUUGUCUCUUUAACUGCUCGGUGUUGUUCUCUCUGUUGUGCAGUUAGCUUUUUCACUGAGACUAAUGCCUGCUGUGGCUGGAUACAAGUGUGAUGGGAGCAGUGAGGCUGAGCCCAAUAGUAAAGUUGUGGCCCAUGAAUCCAAAACAAUAACUUGAGCAAUGCCUUUCACACUAAUAACUAAGUAAAUCAACCCACACAUGCACAACAAAACACUUCAAUAUAUGACAUAAAUGCCUGUCGAUCUGGUCUAGUGAUUACUAUAGUAUAUUACUAUAUCGCUUAAGUUUUCAAAAAAGGCUCCCCAUGUCUUCAAUUUGAUUUGGGGAAGAUGAAAACAUUUCCAUAAUCCAUGAAGUAUGAGAGUAGGAGAUAUCCAUCAAACAAGUGUCCAGCUAAGAGAGUCACACAAAAUGAAGGAAGGGACUCUUAUGUCUGUACGGUUGGCUCACUGGGGUUUGAUGGUUUGGGUUAUGCUGCUAAACAUGUUCUGUAGUAAUUGUGCAAAGGAGGGCCACAGCAUACGGGCAUGGGUAGCAGCAUCUUGAAUGGUACAUUAUGUUGAAGAGAAUUACAGGCAGUUCAAGGAAAUAAUUCCAAAUUAAGUUUAUAGCCUGACAUGAGAGUAAAUGUUCUGGGAGGUUAGAGACUUACAGAAACUGGUCAUUUGGUUGAGGGGAAACCUUCUGUUCAACGCCAUUUCUGGGUACACCACUUACGUUAGGAUCUGAGUGGAGUGUAUACUAAAAAUGACAAAUACAUAAAGUGGUUUCUGAUUGGGAGUGCAAUUUCUUGCGGCUCAAUGGCUGUAGCAAAUAUUAGUGGUUGUUGGUGACUGAAGCCAUGGGAGAAGUGUAGAGCAAUUUCACCCAGGAGGCAAUUUCUUUUUACCCAAGAUGAAUUUAUCCAAUGUGCAAAAAACGAUUUGAUCAGGGUCUGAGCACACCUGUAGUUUUUCUAAUGUAUUUUAAAGAAAAGUCAAUAGAGACCUGAAUAUGAAUUAUUUUUUAUUCACAAAAUGCUAUCACAGAAGGGAUGACGAAUAAUGUUUUUAUGUUCCUGUGUGGCCUCACUGAAUUCUCACUGUAACUAUGAAUAAAUACAGUGAUGAUAAAAAGUUG